UUUUUUCCCCUUUGGUAUAUAACUCUCUCGGUGGAGGAAUGCUAGUCACCUAAUCCUUUUUUAGUUUCCACUCUCUCACAAACAACAUAACAAAAGAAAGGAAGAAAGAAGGCCAAAAAAAAAAAGAAAAAAAGAAAACAGAGUAGAACUCUCAAGCUCUUGAGAGAGAAAGAGAAAUAGAAGGAGAGAGAAACAUCAAUCAAGCAAGCGAAAAACCUUGCUCUGUUUUGUAAUGGAGAAACACAAGUGCAAGCUCUGCUUUAGAAGCUUCUCUAAUGGCAGAGCUUUAGGUGGUCACAUGAGGUCCCACAUGAUGAGUCUCCCAAUCCCUCCAAAGCUAGAAGAAGAAGACCCACCACCACCACCACCUCCGGAGACUUCCCCGGCACCGGCGGAACUUAGCGAAGAAGCCGAUUCUGCUUCAUCUUCGUCAUCAGAAGAAGCAGGGGAAAGAGAAGAAGAAGAAGGAGAAGACGAGAAAGAGCUUUACUAUGGGCUAAGAGAGAACCCAAAGAGAAGCAUUAAGUUGGUAGAUCCCGAAUUCUCCUUUGCCGUCGUCGACGCCGGCUCGGUCGUCCUCCAGGACCGAGAGAGCGAGACCGAGUCGUCUAAAAACCCGACCCGGCGGCGAUCCAAACGGACUCGUAAAUCAGCCUCGAAUUCCUCCGAUCACCACCACCAGUACUGGCAAUUCGACAAGACCCAAUUAUCAGUCCAGGAUUCGAGCUUUCCCAACACAAACAAGAAGAUCAAAUCCUCGGAGCUUUCGGAGCCGGUCAGCUCGGUCUCCGACGCGACAACCGACGAGGAUAUCGCCUUCUGCUUAAUGAUGCUCUCCAGGGACAACUGGAACAGAGAAAACGAAGAACUCGAAGAAGCCGAAGCCAAAGGAGAAGAAGAAGAUCAUGCUGAAGAGGAAGAUGAAGAUGAGAGUGAGAAUGAAUCCGAGGAGGAAUUAAAGAGUUCGAGGAAUACUAAUACUAGGACGAGGGGGAAGUACAAAUGCGAGACAUGCAGCAAGGUUUUCCGAUCUUACCAAGCUUUGGGAGGCCACAGAGCAAGCCACAAGAAGAUCAAAAUCAGCUCUUCUCCGGCUUUAGAGGAAAUUCAUGAAUCAUUGCGAGAAAAUGCAGGUUCCGUAAUAACGAAGAAAAUCCACGAGUGCCCAGUUUGUUUUCGAGUUUUCUCGUCUGGUCAAGCGCUUGGUGGUCACAAAAGAUCGCAUGUUCUUUCUGCUACUAUUACUACUACUAUUUCAGCACCAUCACCGCCAAAACCAACAAGUGCUAAGAAUCCAAGUUUUACUACUACUACUACUACUACUAAGAAAAGUUUAAACAAGCUUGGAGAUCAAAUCAGCUUGAUCGAUCUUAAUCUCCCAGCUCCAGAUGAUGAUGAUGAUGGUGAUGAUGGUGAUGAUGAGGAUGAGAUUAGCCAAAUCGAGUUCUCCGCGGUUUCCGAUGCGGAAUUCGUCAACCCCAUUAGGUAAAACCAGCAAUUUUUUUUUUUUUUGGAACAAUUUUCGGUUAUGCUUUGAUGGAUCUGUUAUUAUGAGAAAUAUUUGUUAUUUCCA